AUGAUAUCAGCAUUCACACACAGACACAGACACAGACACAGACACAUACAUACACACACACUAACACACACACACACACACACACACACACACACACACACACGUACCUUUUUGGCCAAAAUCAAUCAAAACUUUAAUUAACAUUUCAACGACAUUAAGAAAAAUGCUAAGCGAACAUGCCGACGAAUAAAUUAUGAGCUCAACAGUACUAGUAUAAAGCUAAAUAUUUUUGCAACUUUUUUUUAAAU